AUGUUCGAGUCUCCACAAACUCUGUGGAACUGUAUGACUUUGGCUACUUUAUCGAUUCUCACGAGAUCGCAUCACACCGACCCGGGACAUGACAGCAUCAACGAAACUCAAGUGGCCAGCGCGAAUGAAGUGCUCAACUUUGGCAAUCUGAACACCUUCGACUUCCCUUUCGCAUUGUACCGCCCUUGCGUCUUGGAAUCAUGCUCCGACCCCCGGUUUGGAGGUUGCUCCCCAAAUGUCACCGAAUUCCUAUCACAUCCAGUCAAUACCUCCAGGAUUCGCAGCUUUGCCAAUGUCAUGAGCAGAGACUACUGCGGAUUUUCUGAUCCAGGAAUUGAUUACGACAUUGCCGGACCAGGAGUUAUGAUUGCUUACUUCUUUCAGUUCGGCCUCGCGUUCUUUUUCUUUUUUGCCCUGAAGACGACGACGAGCUGGGUCAAGAGUUGUGCCCACAAACGCCUAUCGGGUACCGCAUUUGCCGAAACUAUCCGUCGUGCAAUCAUCGAUCUCCAAGAGACUCAGGCUGCCUUUUUAGUUACCAUUGCCAUCGCAGCGAUCGCCACCUUCCGGGGCAAAGAAGGAACAGGUCUUGCCAAUAUUCCCACCGUGGUUUCUUGGAUAACGAACGACACUAUUCUGAGGGGAAUAGUCGCAGCAGGAUCCUAUCCGCUGCUUCUCAUCCAGCUAGCCCUUCAUGCAGCAGGAAAGCGAUGGUUGUACACUCUGUUGUUCGUCGUUGUUAACCUCAUUUUGGUCUCCAUCAUGCAUCUUCCAAAGGACAUCGACCCGUCGACCCUGCUGCCGCAUUUCGAGGAUGCAGCUGAGAAUCUUGGAAGCUGCGGAAGCCAUGCUGGCCCAAUGACCUUUUGUCAGAGAUUUCGCCAACGCAACACGGUAAAAAAUCCAAUCACGCAACCGGAUCUUUUCUUCUUCAUCACGUCGAGACACCCGCAAUUUAUAUAUUUGAUCUCGGGCUGCCUCGUGCUUGACUGGACUACAGUUACCAUUCUCAAGCGUUGGAAUCAUCAGCCCCGUUCUGAUACGAUCAUCCGAAAUCUAUCAUUCAUAACGCCAAUAUACGAGGUCUUUUGGGCGCUCCUAGAAGUUGCCACUUUCGCAAUGUGCGUGUUAUCUCUUGUGGAAAUCAAGGCCUUUUGGGACGUCUUGAGAUCAAUUGGAGAAGGUCCCAAAAGCGAAACAAAUAUCAACAAUUGGGGGUUCGGUCAGUUGAUCGCGGUUGCGGUAUGGUUUCCUGUCAUACUGAAGCUGUGUUGUUCCCUUGUCUGUAAGUGA